CAGGCACCUCCACCCUUGGUGAAGUCUGCUAGAAGCUGACAUUUCUGUUUCGCAAGAACACAGUGUCGGUCAGGAGGUUGACGCGGUAAAGCUGCUGUUUUAUUUUACUAUUAACAGCACAGUAUAUAUACACACUGAUCCCACCAUGAACCCAGACAUUUGCAAAGAGCGGGACUCUGCCACCUUCCAGACCGAGCUGCUCACCAAUAUCCUGGAUGGGGGAGCCGAUAAGACUGCACGGAGGAGAGAGAUCGAAUUGCUGGUGAUCAACGACCCAGAUUUCCAGCACGAGGACCUGAACUUCCUGUCGCGCAGUGAUCGCUACGACGCGGCCGUGAAGAAGAGCUCCAUGAUGAUCAUGAAGAUGCGGCAGCACGGCAUCUCUGACCCUGAGGAGAUCAUGUGCUACAAGAGCGUUGCGAAAGGCAGCACCCACGAGGCCCUGGGGCUGCACUACGUCAUGUUCCUGCCCACCCUGCUGAGCCAGGGCAACCCCGAGCAGCAAGAGAAGUGGCUGCCGCUCUCGCUGUCCUUCCAGGUCCUCGGCACCUAUGCGCAGACCGAGAUGGGGCACGGGACCCACAUUCGCGGGCUGGAGACCACGGCGACCUACGACCCUUCCACUCAGGAGUUCGUCCUCAACAGCCCAACCAUCAGCUCUAUCAAGUGGUGGCCAGGGGGACUGGGGAAGACGUCAAACCACGCCAUCGUUCUGGCGCAGCUGUACACGCAGGGGCAGUGCCGGGGGCUCCACCCCUUCAUCGUGCCAAUCCGAGCCAUGGGCACCCACGAGCCACUGCCAGGGGUGGUCGUGGGGGACAUCGGGCCCAAGUUCGGCUUCGAUGAGGUGGACAACGGCUUCCUGAAGCUGGAGAAUGUGCGCAUCCCACGCAUGAACAUGCUGAUGAAGUACUCCAAGGUGGCGCCGGACGGCAGCUACGUGAAGCCCCCGAGUGACAAGCUGACGUACGGCACGAUGGUGUUCAUCCGCUCCAUGAUCGUGAGCGAUUCGGCACGCUCGCUGUCCAAGGCCUGCACCAUCGCCAUCCGCUACAGCGUCGUGAGACACCAGUCCGAGCUGCGCCAGGGGGAGCCCGAGCCCCAGAUCCUGGACUAUCAGACCCAGCAGUACAAGCUGCUCCCCCUGCUGGCCACGGCGUACGCGUUCCACUGCGUGGGGCAGUACAUGACGCAGACCUACCACCGCAUCACCGGGGAUAUCAGCCAGGGAGACUUCAGCCAGCUCCCCGAGCUCCACGCUCUCUCGGCCGGACUCAAAGCCUUCACCACCUGGAUCGCGACCGCGGGUAUCGAGAUGUGCCGCAUGGCGUGCGGAGGGCACGGGUACUCGCGCUGCAGUGGCCUGCCCGACAUCUACGUGACCUUCACUCCCACCUGCACCUACGAGGGAGAGAACACUGUGAUGAUGCUGCAGACUGCCAGGUAUUUGGUGAAGUGUUACACUCAGGCCAGUGAAGGUCUGCAGGUGGGGGGCACGGUGUCCUACCUCAAUGAGAUGUCCCAGGGCCGACUUCAGCCCCAGCCGGUGUCAGCCCGGCCAACCGUGGUGGACAUCAACGACCUGUCCUGCCUGGUGGAGGCGUACAAGCAGAGAGCGUCCAGGCUGGUGGAGCUGGCAGCACGGAGCCUGCAGGGGGAGAUUCAGCGCAGUAAGAGUAAGGAGGAAGCCUGGAACAACACCUCCAUCGACCUGGUCAGGGCCUCUGAUGCGCACUGUCACUAUGUCGUGGUGAAGCUCUUCUCUGCGAAGCUCUCGGAGGUUGGUGACACGGCCGUGCACUCGGUCCUCAGCUCCCUUGCGUUACUGUACGCUCUGCACGGGAUCAGCCAGCACACCGGGGACUUCCUGCAGGCCGGUCUGCUCAGUGGGCCCCAGAUCUACCAGGUGAGCCAGCGUCUGAAGGAGCUUCUCUCCCAGCUGCGCCCCAACGCUGUGGCCCUCGUUGACGCCUUCGAUUACCGCGACGAGAUGCUCAACUCCGUCCUGGGGCGCUACGACGGCAAUGUCUAUGAGAACAUGUUCGAGUGGGCGCGCCAAUCACCGCUCAACCGCACGCAGGUCCACAGUUCCUUCCACAAGUACCUGAAGCCCCUGCAGUCCAAGCUGUGAAGUGAUUGAAGGAUGUCUCCCUCGCUCCCUCUCCCUCUCUCCCUAAUCAUACCAAUCAGAGCUAAACCCCCUAGGAGAAUCAAGUGCUUUAUGAAAAUGAAUGGAAUCAGAACUAGAAUCGGAACUCUGCUGCCAGCAGGGGUAGCCACACCCCCUCUCUGCCAGCCUUCUCAGAAACUGCAACUCCCAGCAACCCCUGGGGCUUGACACUACGGAAGAGGGGUGGUGGAACAAAGACUGACCAAUGAUAAUAAUGUAGCCCAGAGAACUUUCAUAUUCUAUCUGUGUGAUCAGCUGCUUUUGAAAAAUGAGCUAUACUUAUUCUUUAAAUUGUAUUUGCUUUUAUAGAUUAUUUCUUGCACUUAUAUCCAAUCUCACAUGUUGUUUUUUGAAUUCCUUGUUUUGAGCUCCUCAGUAACUUGCGGACGGGAACAUCUGCAGAUCACAGACUUGCUCCUCAAGGAAUGUGUGUCUCGUGUCACUGGGUUCUGUGAGAGUCUGUGUGGUCCGGUGAAGGUUCUGGGAGAGUCUGUGUGGUCUGGUGAAGGUUCUGGGAGUGUCUCUGUGUAAUCAGGAGAGAGUCUGUGUGGUCCGGUGAAGGUUCUGGGAGAGUCUGUGUGGUCCGGUGAAGGUUCUGGGAGUGUCUCUGUGUAAUCAGGAGAGAGUCUGUGUGGUCCAGUGAAGGUUCUGGGAGAGUCUGUGUGGUCUUGUGAAGGUUCUGGGAGUAUCUCCGCAGUUGCAGGGAGGCUGACUGGCUGGCUGGUUCAGCUGAUCCUGUUGAGAGGAUCUUUCUCUUGCAGUCCUUCAGGCAGCUGGUCUGUGUUCUACCUAAAGGGGUUUGCACAGACCCCAAUCGAGCAGCACAAGGACUCUCGCAGCAUUCCCGCAGGAAACCAGGAGCGGCUUCCUUCUUUGCUUCCCCCGCCCAGCCGUGAUAGCAUUUUUUUUGAGAGCAGGUGAUUUGUUACUUAGGAGUUGCUUAUUCAGUUGCAUCGCAAACAGGUUUUGUAAUUUUCUUUUUUAGUCUGUAUCUCAUGUUUUGUUUCUGUUUUUUUGUGUCAAAUAAAAAUUUGAAAAUUAAUAACGCCGUUAAUCUGGGGGAGGGCUGUAUUGCUAACUUGGAAAAAAAAAAAAAAACAGUGUAACUUUAAUUGCAAAUAGCAGGACUGUGUGGCCUUGUCUAAGAAAAUAAAAUUGAUAUGAAAUUAUA